CAGGAGGAUUGGCUGGUAAAUGCUGGAAGCUCUUCGGGUGAUCGACGGAAAUACUAGAAAUAGCGAAACGAUCGCUGAUUCCUGGGAACCCAACAUUCCUGCCAUAGAGAGCGCAUUACUGAUACCGCUGAAUUCUUGGAAAGCUAGAAACUAUGAACAGUGUUACCUCCACUCUCACACCUUCAAAAAUGGCCCCGGAUUGUCUUGAAAAAUCGAGAAAGAAAUCUUGGAAGCAGACUUCUGCUUCUUCAACUAGCACAUCUGAUCUUAAAACCAAAGGACAAAAAUGUGGAACCUCAAAAGCUACAUCAAAGCCGGGACAAGCCCCAGGGGAUCUCCUAGCAAAGGACAUUAAUAAACUCUCUAUGGCCGAGAAGCAAAAUCCUAAAAGAAUUCAUCAGCUGGGCAAAAAAAUUCCCCAACCCCGAAGUCAAUCGUUACCCCUAAAAUGUUCUGGACUGGCAGAUAUUGCUGAUCUGAUUUUGAAGAAUUUUUGCAGGAAGAUCAUUGUGAUGGUUGGAGCUGGUAUAAGUACAGCAAGUGGCAUACCUGACUUCAGGACACCAGGCUCCGGCCUAUACGAUAACCUGAAGAAGUACCAUGUUCCAUACCCAGAGGCCAUCUUUGACAUUGACUAUUUUACCUACAACCCUCAGCCCUUCUUUGUCCUUGCCAAGGACUUAUACCCAGGAAAAUACAAGCCAAAUAUCGUCCACUAUUUUCUACGACUGCUGCAUGAAAAGGGCGUAUUGCUUAGAUGUUACACGCAGAAUAUCGAUGGACUGGAAAGAAUGGCCGGGAUCCCUCCCGAAAAGCUUGUUGAAGCCCAUGGAACGUUCUCCACCGCUUCGUGUCAUCUGUGUUACACACCUUUCCCUGCAAAAGAGGCGCAGGAUUGCAUUAUGAAUGGCGACUCUCCUCGCUGUAAUGUCUGCUACGGGGUGGUUAAGCCGGAUAUAGUUUUUUUUGGCGAAGACCUUCCAAAAAGUUUUCACAACUUUUCUAAGGAUUUUCCCAAGGCGGAUCUGCUGAUUGUGAUGGGGACCUCAUUAGAGAUUGAACCCUUUGCCAACAUGGUUAACGCUGUGCGUCUGAAUGUUCCGCGACUUCUGAUGAACCGGGAUCUUGUGGGUCCAUUUAAGAAGAAGCCGCUGAAGAGCACGGAUGUAGCGGAGUUGGGGGAGCUCUGUGACGUCACCAGAACGUUUGUCAGCGCCCUGAACUGGCAGACGGACCUGGAGGAACUCAUGAGAUCUCAAAAGUUCUAGACGGUGUGGAUCUUCUCCAAAGCCUCAUACUACUUAGAGCUGCUAUACAAGAAGUCCUUCAAGUACCUUGUGCUACUGAUACCUUAAUGCCCUAUAUACAGAGUUUACUAUAUUAAUUCUAAUUUAUUGUACCUUAUUAUAAAAUGAUGGAAACUCCAGUGAUCUGAAACUUUUUAACAAAGAAGAAUUUUAUCGAAAAUUUACAUCUGCAAAUUGAAUUAAAGACUUUCUACGGAAAGAGUGCCACCUAUGGGUCGGGUCAGAUAUUGCAGCUCGGCCUCGUUUAUUUAAAGAAGGAUAAAAUACAAUGCA